AUGGUCCGUGGCACUGGUAAAUUCAAGCAAAAACGUGGAGGAGGCCGCUCUUUCUCUCGAGACAUGGUACUCGAUAGCGAUGGCGUUGCCAGUGGCACUGAUCGUCGCGCAAAUCGCCGCAAAAAACAAGAGGAAGAGGGCGAAGAGGAAGAGGGAGAUGAAUCCGAGGAGGAAGAGGAAGAGGAAGAAGAGGAGGAAGAAGAGGAGGAUGACGCAGGACCCAGCCAACCCGCACAACCCGAAAUGACUCGUGCUGAACGCAAGGCUCUCAAGAAACAGCAGGGUUCCAAGCAAAAGGGGAAAUCAAUUGGCACGAUCAAGGAGGGUAGCGGAGAAGACAGCGAAGACGACUCGGACUUGAUCAACCCCAAUCAUGUUCCAACGAAAAACAUCUCGAUUUCGGAUAUGGGAGCUCCCCGCGAGCUUAGCCGCCGUGAACGUGAAGCCAAGGAGAAGAAAGAGGCUGAAGAUCGAUACUGGAAGCUUCAUGUACAAGGAAAGACCGACAAAGCCAAGGGUGACUUGGCCCGUCUCGCAAAAAUUCGUGCCGAGAGGGAGGCUGCGGCCGCGAAGCGGAAGCAAGAGGCUGAAGAGAGAGCUGCUGAUGCCGAGAAGAAGGCGGCAGAAAGACAAUCUCGGCGAUGA